GUGUGUUUUUAGUGUAGUGUAUAUUUUGAAGUUGGCUGUUGGUAUCAGGGAAAACAUUUUGUAGGAGUUGGCCUACGGCUUUGCGUGCAAUACAGCUGACAAAUGACAAUUUCAAUUAAGGAAAAGACGGAUUUUCCUGAUUUUCAGAUUGCUUAUACAAGCCUCCUCACAAGUCUCAUAGUUAUUUAUAUAACUUAUUAAAUACGAAAAAGAAUUUACGACACUACGAAUUUCGAUAAAAAAUAAGUGAUAGCUCAAUUAUAUAAUUAUGUUGCAAUGAAAUCAACAUAAACAAUGUCAUUUGUGAUUAAAUUUGUAUAAAAAUUUGAUCAAAUAAUUACAAGGAAGAUGCUAUCCACAAAGUGCAUAUGGUUUCAUAAAGUAAUUACUCCAUUGAGAUCUCAACAUAGAGCGAAAUCAACAUUUAACAGGGGGGUUCACUUCUUUUUCAAGAAAAAUCUGCUUCUUACCAACAGUAUUACUUCAGGGGGUUUCAUGGUUUUGGGGGAUUUGAUACAGCAAGAGAUUGAGAUUCAUGCUAACCUUUUACCUAGCAGAUAUGAUUGGGCACGCACAGCGAGAAUGUUUAUAAUUGGAACUCUUAUGGGACCACUUCACCAUUUCUACUAUAUUUAUCUUGAUAAAAUACUACCUCAUACUGACUUGAAAACAGUGGGUAAGAAAAUAUUAAAUGACCAGCUACUGGCAUCUCCUGCAACAAUAUUAUGUUUCUUUUAUGGAUUAGGAUUUUUAGAGGGAAAGACAACGAAACAAAGCACAGAUGAAAUAAAGGACAAAUUUGCUUUAGUUUAUCUUGGAGACUGCUUAUUCUGGCCUCCAAUACAGUUCAUAAAUUUUUGUUAUUUACCAACACAAUACAGGGUAUUUUAUAUCAACUUUGCAACUAUGAUAUAUAAUGUAUUUUUAUCAUUUAUGAAACAUUAUGACCAACCAAAGAUCUGAUGUUGCUAAAUUUUAAUUAGUAGAAUUAUUUAUUUGUAAAAUAUGAAAGCACAAAGUAGAUAGGUAUGUGUAAUAAUGUAUGAAACAGCCUGGAAAACAAUGAAAAUAAAUAUUUAUAAUGUUGGUUACCACCAUUUGAAUGAUAUCUUCAAUCAAUAUUUACCAGAAAUGAUGGUCACAUAAUAUGAAUUCAAAGUAAAUUUUUACAAAGCUAAGUCAAGGCUUUCAUCUGUAUAAAGGAUACAAACUGUUUUACAUACUUUUAUAGUUUAAGCAUGUAUAAUGUGUUGUCUUGUUUAAUACUUUCAAUAUAGAAUAUUAUUUAAUUUUUA